AUGGCUUCGGUAUACAAGACACUGUCGGGCACCGACAAGGACGAGAAAGACACCGGCGUCAAGCGAAACAAGCAGCGCGUCCUCAUCCUGAGUUCAAGAGGUGUUACAUUCCGGCACCGCCAUCUGCUGCAAGACCUGUACUCCCUGAUGCCCCAUAGCCGGAAAGAAGCCAAACUCGACACCAAAACAAAGCUCUACCAGCUCAACGAGCUAGCAGAACUCUACAACUGCAACAAUGUCCUCUUUUUCGAGGCGCGCAAAGGCAAGGACCUCUACUGCUGGAUGUCCAAGCCGCCCAAUGGCCCCACGGUCAAGAUGCAUCUCCAAAACUUGCACACCAUGGAAGAGCUCAACUUUAUCGGCAACUGCCUCAAGGGAUCGCGGCCAAUUCUUUCUUUCGACGCCGCCUUCGACAAGCAGGCCCAUCUCCGUGUCAUCAAGGAGCUCUUUACCCAGAUUUUUGGCGUUCCCAAGACGAGCAGAAAAGUAAAGCCGUUUGUCGACCACGUCAUGGGCUUCACCGUGGCAGAUGGCAAGAUCUGGGUCCGUGUUUUCCAGAUCAACGAGAGCGAGCCAGGCAAGAAGAAGAAUGCCGAUGGCGAAGAGAUGGACGUCGACGAGCCUGCGCCCAAGAAGAAGGGAGGAAAGGGCGAACUGGAUGUCAGCCUGGUUGAGAUUGGCCCGCGCUUCGUCCUCACGCCCAUUGUCAUCCAGGAGUCGAGUUUUGGCGGCCCCAUCAUCUACGAGAACAAGGAGUUUGUUUCGCCCAACCAGAUCCGUUCGGACCUGAGGAAGUCCAAGGCAAGCAGAUUCAACAGGCGAGCCGAGGCGCAGAGAGAUACUCUGCUCAAGCACCAGGAGCUGGGGCUGACGUCGCACGGUGGGCGCAAGAAGGAGAAGGAUCCACUCAGCGACAAUGUGCUGUUCGCAUGA